AUGGGGAAGGAGGUAAACGGCGUCUCGCGGAGCCGCUUUGAGAUGUUCACAAACAGUGAUGAGGCAGUCAUCAAUAAGAAGCUACCUAAGGAGCUGUUGCUGCGAAUCUUCUCCUUCCUAGAUGUGGUGACGCUGUGUCGCUGUGCUCAGGUCUCACGGUCCUGGAAUGUUCUGGCUCUGGAUGGAAGCAACUGGCAGCGGAUCGACCUUUUUGACUUUCAGCGGGACAUCGAGGGCCGAGUGGUUGAGAACAUCUCAAAGCGAUGUGGAGGCUUCCUGAGGAAGCUGAGCUUGCGGGGCUGCCUCGGCGUGGGCGAUAGCGCCCUGAGGACGUUCUCACAGAACUGCAGGAACAUCGAACUGCUCAGUUUGAAUGGUUGCACCAAGAUCACUGACAGCACGUGUAACAGUCUGAGCAAGUUCUGCCCAAAGCUGAAGCAUCUGGACCUCGCGUCCUGUACCUCAAUCACCAACCUGUCACUCAAAGCCCUCAGUGAGGGUUGUCCACUGCUGGAGCAGCUCAACAUCUCCUGGUGUGACCAAGUCACCAAGGACGGCGUUCAGGCCCUGGUUCGAUCCUGUCCGGGACUCAAGGGUCUAUUCCUAAAAGGUUGCACACAGCUAGAAGAUGAAGCGCUGAAACAUAUUGGGGCAAACUGUCCCGAAUUGGUCACGCUCAACUUGCAGACAUGCUCGCAGAUCACAGACGACGGCCUCAUCACUAUUUGUCGAGGCUGCCAUCGUCUGCAGUCACUCUGCGUAUCGGGCUGCGCCAACAUUACGGACGCCAUUUUGCACGCGCUCGGACAGAACUGCCCACGCCUCAGAAUAUUAGAAGUGGCCCGCUGCUCUCAACUUACAGACGUGGGCUUCACGACAUUAGCAAGGAAUUGUCACGAACUUGAGAAGAUGGAUUUAGAAGAAUGCGUGCAGAUUACAGAUGGAACACUUAUACAGCUUUCUAUCUACUGUCCUCGGCUACAAGUUUUGAGUCUCUCCCACUGCGAGCUGAUCACCGACGACGGCAUCCGCCACUUGGGCAGCGGACCUUGCGCCCACGAUCGACUGGAGGUGAUUGAGCUGGACAACUGCCCGCUGAUCACGGACGCUUCGCUGGAGCACCUGAAGAGCUGCCACAGUCUGGAUCGCAUCGAGCUCUACGACUGUCAGCAGAUCACCCGGGCCGGCAUCAAGAGGUUAAGGACACACCUGCCUAACAUCAAAGUACACGCGUACUUUGCCCCGGUGACUCCUCCGCCUUCGGUGGGGGGCAGCCGCCAGAGAUUCUGCCGCUGCUGUAUCCUGCUAUGA